GAAAUCGUGGGAGACCUGGAAAGAGUGAAGGAUCGGAAGGAGGGGGGGUGCAAAAGCCAGAUUUUUAUUGGAAGCAAUUGAAGUGGUUGCUAUGAGACCCGCUCGAGCGGAGGACCAGCAGCCAGCCCGACGUUGAUGGUUCUUACCUCGUACUAACCUUUCUUUUGACACAGUUUUAGAGUUGCUUACUCUCUGAGCAAGCACCUGACACGGGCGACUUUCUCCUUGUCUUUUUCCUCCGGUCCCUCGGGUAAGAUGGAGGUAGGAAACGAAGCCAGCUGCUCCCCCAGCAGCGCGUCAGGCGGGUCCCGAGAGCACAAGGUGGUAAUGCUGGGAGCAGGGGGAGUUGGUAAAAGCGCAAUGACAAUGCAGUUUAUUAGUCAUCAGUUCCCUGAUUAUCAUGACCCCACUAUUGAAGAUGCUUAUAAGACCCAAGUUAGGAUUGACAAUGAGCCAGCCUAUUUGGACAUCUUGGAUACUGCUGGUCAGGCAGAAUUCACAGCCAUGCGGGAGCAGUACAUGCGAGGCGGGGAGGGGUUCAUCAUCUGCUACUCUGUCACUGACCGCCAGUCAUUCCAGGAAGCUGCCAAGUUUAAAGAGCUCAUUUUUCAGGUUCGCCACACCUAUGAAAUCCCCCUGGUACUGGUGGGUAACAAAAUUGACCUGGAACAGUUCCGUCAGGUCUCUACAGAAGAAGGCUUGAGUCUGGCCCGAGAAUAUGCCUGUGCUUUUUUUGAGACCUCUGCAGCCCUCAGAUUCUGUAUUGAUGAUGCCUUUCAUGGUUUAGUGAGGGAAAUUCGCAAGAAGGAGUCCAUGCCAUCCUUGAUGGAAAAGAAACUGAAGAGAAAAGACAGCCUGUGGAAGAAGUUAAAAGGCUCAUUGAAGAAGAAGAGAGAAAAUAUGACAUGAUAUCCUUGCUUCUAACUCCCUUGCUCUCUCUGAAUUUUUUCAGUUGGACAAUUCUGCAGUUGCAGUCAGCUCCAAUAUUCUGUCUGUCUCUUUAAAUAUCUACCUAUAGCUAAAACCAAGAUCUGCAUAACUGUACCUCUUGAGAUAGUUUUGUUUUGUCCUUAACAGUUGGAUGGAUUUUGUCAAUCAGUUGGAUAUGCUGUUUAAGUUUUUACAGUAUAUUACUAAAUAAAAUUGACAU